AUGAACUCCAAUGUCAUGUUUCAUAAUUAUUACCUGAGUUUGCAGUCAGCUGGACCUGGCGAUGGAGUUGGAAUUCUAUAUUUCAGCUCCCCAUUCAAACCCAAACGCUUCUGCUCUACUUUUUCACAGCAUCAAGCAAGGGCUUCCAAAUCUGAGCCCUACAAUCAACCCCAGAUAAGGUUGAAGAUGGACCAACAAGUCCAAACCUUUCCAUUGGAAUCCCAGAUACAGAAAGAAGAACCCCAAGAAAAUAUAAUUGAUGGGCCCUCAACAUCAUAUUUCGAAGAAGAAGGUGGAGAAGAGAAUAAAGAUGAGAUUUUGGGGCUGGAGAUGGAUAGCCCAGAUGGAAAUAUUAUGCCUAUCAGGCGGAGGAACCAAAUGAUGAAGAGGUCCACCAUGAUUGCCAAGCAAGUCAUCAGCAUUCAGUCAGCUGCAACCUUAGGUUUUGUUUCCCAGCUUUGGGUGGACCCCGCAUCUUGGACAGUGUUGAUUGUGGAAGUGAGGCCAAACUUGCUUUCUGGUGAAAUAGAGAGAUUGUUUCUGGAGGAUGUUGCUAAGGUGGGUGAUGUUUUACUCAUUGAAGACGAGAGCAUGAUGGAAAAUGACUUCAAAUUACUUGGGCUGGAGACACUGGUAGGUUACACAGUUGUAACUCCUGGUCGCAGAAUUAUUGGAAAAGUACGUGGAUACACUUUCGACAUCAAUUCUGGGGCCAUAGAAUCACUUGAGCUUGACUCAUUUGGGAUAUCCGUCAUCCCAUCAAGUUUGGUAAGCACGUAUCGCCUAUUUGUUGAAGAUGUGGUGGGAGUUUCAACUGAUACGGUCAUGGUUCAUGAAGCUGCAGCAUCUCGGAUACAGAGGCUUACAAAGGGAUUUUGGGGUGGUUCCACUGCCCCAUCCCGGAAGAAGAAUAUGGGAGGAGACAAAUACAGGUACUCAAAAGGUGAUGAUGAUGAACCUGAGGAAUGCUAUUCAGAGGAUGAUGAUAAUUCUGACUUACCCGAUCACGAUUACAUUAGGCAAAGAAGGAAGAAGUUUGUAGGCAGAGAGAAGAAUUCCCCAAAUUGCAGCUUCUCAACAAAUGCUUCCUGCCAUUCCGCUCCUGAUUCAGAUUCAAUCCCUUCUACUUCAAUUGAAGAUUGCUAUGAGUUCUUGUAUUUGGUUGCAAGUGCUCAAGAAGAUGGUGUCAGGGUACUGUAUGAUUCUGAAGGGAUCCAAUUUCUAGCUUCUCAGAUGCCCACUCUGCCUUCAGAUGGUUCAAAUGUAGUCAUAAAUUGCGCAAUGGAACUUGUUCAGCUUAUGAUAACUAAGUUGCCUGCUGAGGAAAUUUACAUCAAACAUCCAUCAGAGCUGGUCAUGUUUGUCGUUGAAGCAACCCGGAGAUUCGGCUUGUUACAUACUGAUGUCAAAUUUAAAGCACUUCGCCUUUUAUCUGUCAUUUUAUCCUCGCUGUAUUCAGCGCCUGUACGCAGUGCUCUUUGGUCCGUGGAGGAGGAUUCUGCUGAGCUACCAGAUGUGAUCACCAGCGAUCCGAUCCCUGCUAACAGGUGUAUCCAACUUGUCUUUGAGACUUCCAGGGUGGAAAUAGCUGUCCUCAAUGUUUUAGCGUACUUGAGAAAUGAAGCCUCUAAAACUACUACAGCAUUAUCAUCAUCAUCACUUAUUGAAACCAUGGCAGUGAAGUGUAGAAACCUCAGUAUCAUGUUUUCUUUAGUCGAGGCAGUAAUAGAACUCGUUUCAAAAUUUGAAGGUGAAGAUCAUGAAGAAGACUCACAUUUUCCAGAUGCAGCGAUAUUAAGUGACAGCAUCUUGAUGAAAAUCAUGUCUGGACUGAAUGAGACGGUAAGCGUUGUUCUUGAGUAUCUACAAGAUGCCAAGGAACAUGGCCAGAACAAAGGAGAUGAUCUCUUUGCCUCGGUUCGAGUAAUUGGUCGAUAUCUUGCAGAAACACCUGAUAUAUGCAGAGAAAAGGUGGUGGAACUUCUUAAGUUUUAUGCUUUCCGUUCAAGGGGAAGUGAAGUUAGACCUUUUUACUACUCAACCUGCUUUCUGCUUCCAAUGCUAUGUCAAAUGACUUUGAGGGCCGAUGGAUGUGAACUUUUUGUGACAUCUGGAGCAUUGGAAGCUGUGAUCGACUACCUUGUUAGUUUCAUCCUCCCAAGCGGUAAUAGGGGUGAAGAUGAGUCUGCCAUGUUCAUGACAUGUCGCGCGGUUUUGAACUUCCUACUGAACCGGGUACAUUUGAGAUCUGCGUUGGUGUAUGCUUCUGUUUUCAAACUUCUGGGAGCCUUGCCGCGCUGGUCAGGUCACAGAACACAAACAACCCGGGUAUCCUCAUGA